AUGGCCGAUCUUUUCCGAUUAGUACCUUUCUCUGUGUUCAUUCUCGUUCCAUUCCUCGAGUUUACACUGCCUAUUUUUUUAAAGUUUUUUCCGGGUAUGUUACCAACUACAUUUCAAACAAAGGAUCAGAAGGAAGCAAAACUCAAACAGUCUCUCAAAGUGAAACUCGAAAUGGCCAAAUUUCUUCAAGAAACUUUAGACAGCAUGUCUGUGUGUGGUAAAGGGCACACGAGUGAAUUUGCUCAAGAAUUUGCGGACUUUUUCGCAAAAGUAAGAAAAGAAGGUGUUGUUAUACCAGCUGAUGAAAUGCUCAAGUUUUCAAAGCUGUUCAAAGACGAAAUUACCCUUGACUCACUACCCCGACCACAAUUGGUUGCCCUUUGCCGAGUGCUUGAACUAAAACCGAUUGGGACUUCAAGUGUUUUGAAAUAUAUGUUGACUCUUAAACUUCGAUCAUUAACAGUUGAUGAUAGGAUUAUUCAAAAAGAAGGCGUUGAUUCUCUGACGUUGAGUGAGCUUCAAGAAGCCUGUAAGUCUCGCGGUAUUGGUGCUUAUGGUCUUAAUGAAAACCGCCUGAAACAAGAGCUCACCCAGUGGCUAGACCUAUCACUCAACGAAAGAGUUCCCCCCUUACUACUUCUCCUCUCUAGAGCAUUUAGUCUAACACCUAAUAUUCCAACUAAUGAUUUAUUAAAAAAAGGAAUUUCUGCUUUGCCUAAUUGUGUUGGUGCGUCCACUGAAGCUGAUUUGUGUGAACGUGAUGGUGCUAUAGAUAACAAGGCGAAAUUUAAAGCAAUCGAAGAAGAGGAACGUAAGGCAAAAGAAGAAAUAGAAGAGUGUAUGAGAGAAAGCCUUAAAUGCAAUGUAGUUGAUAAGGCACCUGUUUUAACGGAUUCAACUGGAAGUGAAGGGGAAGUAACAACAUCUAUUUUAAAAAUAUUAGAAUGUGCUCUAGAAAACAUUAGUUCAGAACAAAAAAAACUUAUUGUUGAAAAAUCAGAAAUCUGUGAAUUAAAGGAUGAUAUUAAAUGUUACCAAAAAAAUAGCCAUAAUCUUCAAGAAGUAGAAAAUGAGCAAGUUAGAGAAUCGGAGCCAGCUAAACAAUUAUUUAAGGUACUUAAUAAAAAAAUUAAUGAACUAGAUCAGGCCGUCAAUGAGUUGGAGAAAAUAGAAUUAGUCGGUGCAAAUAUUACUAUUGACGGUGAAUUAAUCAAGAUUGAUGAACUAAUCGCAGUAGUACGAAGAUUAAAAAACGUACCGGAUGAAUGCACAAUACAAAAACUAAUUAAAAUUUUGUCUAAAAUUGAUAGUGAUAAUGAUGGUUCAAUAAGAAUAGAUACUUUGUUGAAGAUACUGCGUUUGAUUAAUAAUGUAAAUAUGAAUUUAUCUGAUAAAACAAUGGAUAUAAUAAUAAAAUUAGUUGUCAAAGAGAAAAAUGAUGGCAAAAGUGGCAAUUCUUGCAGUAAAUAA